CUCUAGAUAGCCCAACAGGCCAGUACCAGAGCUUGGGAUAAAACCCAGUAGAGCACUUUGUUCACUUGUUCACACUAUCAUCUGGUUUAAUUCCAAGAUAGGACUCUGGCCUUUUGGGCCCAAUUCUGUUCUCAUUUAACCCCGUAUCAAUCCAGAGUGACUCAGUGGAAUUCUUCUGGCCCAACUGAGAUCAGAGUCUGUCCCCCAGCAUUAAAAUGUGGAGAUACUAGGACCAGCAGUGGAGGUUCCCAGCCUCUCUGUGAUAAUUCCCUUUCUCCUUUCCCCUUGUCAGAUCCCAAGCAUGGGCAGUGGAAACAGCACCACGGUGACAGAGUUUGUCCUUCUGGGCUUCACAUCAAGCCCAGACCUGCGAGCUCUGCUCUUCGUGCUUUUCUCAGUCAGCUAUGUCACCAUCCUGCUGGGGAACGCAGGCCUCCUGCUGGUCAUCCACCUCGACAGUUGCCUGCACACCCCCAUGUACCUCUUCCUCAGGCACCUGUCCUUCGUCGACCUCUGCUACUCCUCUGCCAUUGUCCCCAGGGCUCUGAACAGCUUUGUGAUGGGAGAUGGGACAAUCUCCUUCCUGGGGUGCGCCGUGCAGUUCUGUGUCUUCGGCGGCAUGCUGACCACCGAGUGCUGUCUGCUAGCCGUCAUGGCCUAUGACCGCUUUGUGGCCAUCUGCAAGCCACUGCUCUACACGGUCGCCAUGUCCGAUGGGAUUUGCACCUGGCUCCUGGUCUGCUCCUAUGCCAGCAGCUUCCUGAACUCCUUAAUCCAAACUGGCUACACAUUCAGCUUGCCCUUCUGCGGGGCCAACCAGGUGGACCAUUUCUUCUGUGACAUCACACCCCUGCUGAAACUCUCUUGCACCAAGACCCAGAGCAACAAGACCAUCAUCCUGGCCUCAGCCUGCGUCAUCGGUGUCAGCAGCUUCCUGAUCACACUGAUCUCCUACCUGUACAUCUUCACGGCCAUCCUUAGGAUCCCCUCCCCUCAGGGCAGGCGCAAGACCUUCUCCACCUGCACCUCUCACCUCACAGCUGUCUCCAUCUUCUUCGGGACUCUGAUCUUCAUGUACUUGCGGCCCAAGCCAAGUUAUUCUGCUCAGCAGGACAAAGCUGUCUCUGUGCUGUACACAAUAGUGAUUCCCAUGGUGAACCCCAUGAUCUACAGCCUGAGAAAUAAGGAUGUUAAAGAGGCAUUGAGGAGAUGCUUCCUGUCACAGUCACUGGGUGGCGUCUUUCCACCUUUCCCUCCCCCAAAGAAUCUGGCCUAA